UCAAAGCCUCAGAUGUUCCUCUGAGGAAGUUUGUCCCACUUUUUUUCUGGACCUUGAAGUAUCAUCUCUGGGUGUGUGAACGCUCCACAGCAGGUUCAUGAUGGAGCUGAAGGACUUCUGUGUGACCGGCACCUACAACUUCCUCAGCCCACAGCGCCUCCUGGACUCCUCAUCUUCCUCCUCACCCACAGAUGAAGCCCAGUCCCCGGCUUCCUUCCUCCACUCCCCCCCCCUCAGUCCCGCCUUCCCUCUGGAAGCCACGCCCACUCUCAGCCCUUCACAUCCAGAAGUCUUCCUCCCCAGCCCGACCUCUUCAUCUCCCUCCACACCAUACAGCCUCCUGUGUGGAGUGGCAGAGCCCGACUCCCCGACAGGAUGUAGUUCCAGCGGGGGAAGCAUCGGAGGCAGUGCUUCGGUGUGUUUUUCACAGUCUGCCUCGUUUUCAGCGCAGGUUGACUCCAUCCUGAGGGGCAACUAUAUGACGGCGAUGGGGGCUGUGGGGCCCAAAAGACUGUGUCUGGUAUGUGGAGACUUCGCCUCCGGGUAUCACUACGGCGUGGCGUCCUGCGAGGCCUGCAAGGCUUUCUUCAAGAGGACCAUACAAGGCAACAUUGAGUACACCUGCCCUGUGAUGAAUGAGUGCGAGAUCACGAAGCGGAGGAGGAAAGCCUGUCAGGCGUGCCGCUUCCGGAAGUGUCUGCAGGCCGGGAUGAUGAGGGAGGGUGUUCGUCUGGAUCGGGUCAGAGGGGGGCGCCAGAAGUACAAGAGGCGGGUGGAGACAGGACUGAGUUCGUGCACCAAAGCCCCGUACAGCCACGCGGUCAGCAGCAGUGAGUUCACGCUCGCUCCCUCUGAAGGUUUUCAGGUUCUCGCACACACUGAACUCCAUUUAUCAUCCACUUCCUGUCUUUUAGGAAACAAGAUAAUUUCCCACCUGCUGCUCACAGAGCCCACCCCUUUAGCUGCCAAUCAAGACAAUUCGACCAAUGACAGCAGCCUGCGGACCCUGCUGACCCUCUGUGACCUCAUGAACCGGGAGCUGCUGGUUCUGAUUGACUGGGCCAAACAGAUCCCAGGUUUCUCUGGACUCUCAUUGGUUGAUCAGAUGUCACUGCUGCAGAGUGGCUGGAUGGAGGCACUGCUGGUGGGCGUGGCAUGGCGUUCGCAGGACGCUGUAGGGGAGGAGCUCGUGUUCACCGGGAAUCUGCGGCUGGACGAGGCUCAGUGUCGAGCCACGGGAUUGGCCGACCUGUACGAGGCGCUGCGUCACCUGACGGCUAAAUACCGGGCGAUGAAGCUGAGCCCCGAAGAGGUGGUGAUGCUGAAGGCCAUGGCGCUCGCCAACUCUGACGCCGACCCGGUCGACUGUCCGGACUCCGUGCAGAGGUUUCAGGACGGGCUUCACGAGGCGCUGCAGGACUACGAGUCGUCCCGCAGGGAGCAGCACCGAGCGGGCCGUCUGCUCAUGACACUCCCCCUGCUGCGGCAGACCGCCGACCGAGCCGUGCAGGCGUUCCUGCGGCUGCACCGGAACCGCCACGUUCCCCUCCACAAACUGCUGCUGGAGAUGCUCGACGCCAAAGCCUGACCGCUUCCUGUCUGCUAUCACAUGACUGCUGCGGCUUUUAUUAUUAUUAGGCAGACUAAUGAAUUCCAACACACUCCUCAGGAUUCAGAGAAUCGUGAUGAAGACUUUUAAAAAUCAAAAAACCUCAAACUUUUCUGGCAGAAAAAGGCUUCCAUAGAAAGGUUUUAAUAAGAAAAUCUAAAAACUAAAUGCACUUUCCUGUUUGUUUUGUGACUUUCAGUAUGGAAUUCAGUCUGGUGUCAAACUAAAAUAUUUGAUGGGACUUUCAUUUCUACCCUCCCUGUAAAUACUUCAUUUACGCCCCAGAAAAAAAAAAAAAAAAAAAAAAACUGCUCCUGGUGUGUGAAAAAUCCACCGUUACAGCUUUUCACCAUAAAGUUUUCACAGCAAGGCAUCAAAGUGGAGCCAUUCUGCUCGUCUGCAGCUCUUGGACGCUGCCAGGGCAGCUUUGCGUGACUCAGUUCAUCAGGAUCCUCCUUUGUCUGAUACUGGGCCUUUGUUUGACCAGUGGGCGGGGCUUCUGUACCUGAGAUGACCAUAGUACGGAUUUCCCCUUUCUGUGACAUCACACACACACACAGGUUACUGCACAGAAAACAGAACAGACCUACUUUAAUCAAUAUGUAAUUGACAAGCACUCCUCUAAGCUCCGCCUCCUUCAGGUAAAGGUGGCCCAGAUUUGGAUAUAUUUUUGUAAACAGAUAUUUUUGUGGGAUUUUUAUUUUUCCACGAUGAGGUGGUCACACCGUGGUGCCACCAGGGGCACAUUUGUGGACUUUUGCUAAUGAUUAGAGGAUAACUGACUGACUGUUAUCAAAUUAAAGUUUUUCGAAUAAAACACGACCAUUCAUAA